UGGUCCGUUCGUGAUCACCGCCCGGCGAGCGCCUGAGGCUCGGCGGAGCUGAAGACGCGUGGAGCUGUGCGGAAACUCGCGAGUUGUGCAGUGUACCUAUCAUAUAUGUUUUAAAAAUAAAUAUUAAACUUUGGUUGGAAUGAAGAAUGUCUCUUAAUCCACCUAUAUUUCUUGAAGAAAGUGAAGAAAAUAAUUCAGAAUUUGUGGAAACAAAACAGUUGCAACCUACUUCCAUAGCUUCAGAAGAUCCCCUUCAGAACUUAUGCUUAGCAUCUCAAGAAGUUCUUCAAAAAGCUCAGCAAAGUGGGAGAUCAAAGUGUCUCAAAUGUGGCAGUUCAAGAAUGUUCUACUGCUAUACAUGUUACGUCCCAGUUGAAAAUGUACCUAUUGAACAGAUUCCACUUGUGAAGCUUCCAUUGAAGAUUGACAUCAUUAAACAUCCAAAUGAAACAGAUGGCAAAAGUACUGCUAUACAUGCAAAACUCUUAGCUCCUGAAUUUGUAAAUAUUUACACGUAUCCUUGUAUUCCAGAAUAUGAAGAAAAGGACCAUGAAGUUGCACUUGUUUUUCCUGGACCUCAGUCUGUCUCAAUAAAAGAUAUUUCUUUUCAUCUGCAAAAAAGGAUUCAAAAUAAUGUUAGAGGCAAAAAUGAUGACCCUGACAUGCCAUCUUUUAAACGCAAGAAAACUGAAGAACAGGAAGGCUGUGACUUGAAUGACAGCAAAUGCAAAGGCACACCACUGAAAAGAAUUAUAUUUAUAGAUAGCACCUGGAACCAAACAAACAAAAUAUUCACUGAUGAGCGACUUCAAGGGUUGUUACAAGUUGAAUUGAAAACAAGAAAAACUUGCUUUUGGCGCCAUCAAAAAGGAAAGCCAGAUACUUUCCUUUCCACAAUCGAAGCCAUUUACUACUUUCUAGUAGACUACCAUACUGAUAUAUUAAAAGAGAAAUACAAAGGACAAUAUGACAAUCUUUUAUUUUUCUAUUCUUUUAUGUACCAGUUGAUAAAGAAUGCCAAAUGCUCUGGAGAUAAGGAAACAAGAAAACUUAUCCAUUAGUUUUUAACACGCCACCUAUGUCUUUUUAUUUUGCUAAAGUAAUAAAGUUAUAAUUGUGCUUUGUUUAUUCUUAGGAAAUAAUCAUGUAUAAUGUCUGCAAGACCACUUGAAAAAAUUUCAAUGUCAGUUAUUUUACCUCAUGUUUUUUAAAAGGAAGGAAAUUGUAUCUGUGGGAAUUUUACAGAGAUAGUGUUGAUUGAAAAAUUUAUCUAAGAAAUUACAUGCUCAAUUUUGGCAUAUCUCAGUUUUAUUACCAUAUUUUGAUAUAAUAUAUUUUAUCUAUGCAAUUAAAUAUAACAUAUAAUGGGGUCAGAAUCUUGCUUGCUCAAAAAGAGAUGAUAAGUGAUUUGCUUUGAGGUUAGUGGCAAACAUAGGCAGAACUAUAAUUUUAUUUCCAGUCUCUAGGGCUAUUUGUUUGAGUCCAUACUGCCUGUGAUGGAUAUUUUGUGCUUUUUACAUUUGCCCAGCAUCUUUUUUUAGGGGAAAAUUGUUAACAAUCAUGUGAUCCUGCCUUAGGGGUGAACAUAUAACAUAGGCUAGCAAGUUAAGUGCCCUGACAUGCCCUAAAACACAGUGCUUAUCCAUGACCAACAACACCAGGGUCUUUUUUGAUAAGUGAUGUAGAUGCUGUAGGAGAUGAGGUUUACUUUUCAAAAGACAGUACGGUACAGUUGUUAAAAGCACAACUCUGUGAGUAUACUAUCUGAAUCUAAAUCUCAGCUUUUUCUUUUCCUUCUGAUCAGCCAUAUGGCAGUUUCUUCCAUCUGUAAAGAGUGAGUGAUACAGUUGCUACCUUAUAGGAUUAACGGAGUUAAUAUAUGUAAGGGGCUUUCAACAGUACCUGGAAUAUAGUAAGUGCUAUAUAUAUGUUUAUUCUUUUUAUUAUUAUAUUUGUAAUUGCUAACUAAGAAUCAUUUAAGCCUGGAGCUGCUGUUGGCUAUCUGUGCUGCCAGGUAAAGAGAGUCUACCUUUACCUUUAGAAUGAAGCCAGCCACCAGAGGAAAGCAGAGUGGAGAGAGAAAGAGAGACUCAGUCCUGAUGACACCAUUUAACCACUUAGAUCUAGCUACUUGUGAAUGGAGCUUUACUGUGUUGAAUAGCUUCUGCUUGCUCCUCCAUUCUUUUCUAUUCUGUUCUCUGCUCUGUGAGAUAGGUUCUCUUGCCUUGGCUUUUGGUUGGGUUCAGCAUAUGGGAAACACCAGUGAGAGAUGGGAAGUUGAGAGGAAAAUGAAAUGGCAUUUUUAUUUCCCUGGCUGAUUUCCUGCCUGGUCACCAUGGGUUGGUUGUGUCCCUCUACUAAAUGCCACUCUAUCCCUUUUUUCCCCAAGCAGUUAUCCUAGUUACCCAUCUAGGUUUAGAUCCCUGCUCCCUGCCUUUAUCCCUUUUCACUUAAGGGUAGUAAUACCUUACAGUUGUUACUAGCUUCAAGGUAGUUCAUUACUCCUGUUGCUUUCCCUAAAUCCUGCCCAUACCUUUGUAAAUACUAUAGUUAUUUUAUUACACUCUUUUCUAAUAUCCCCA